AUGAAGCUGAAUUGGUUGUCGAUUGGCCUCUUGGCCGCCCUAUCCCAGGAUGCCGGUGCAUUGCAAAUAAAGCGUGAAGCACCUCGGGAUAAGCUUCAAUAUGGUGUCCACUACUUCGAUCAGAAGAUCAACCACUUCCCCGGCAAUGAGGUGUUCUCCAAGUCCAAUCUGAGCCACGGUACCUUCAAGCAGCGAUAUUACUUUGACAGCUCUUACUAUAAGCCUGGCGGGCCUGUCUACUUGUACAUCUCAGGAGAGACUAGCGGUCCGAGCAGAUUCUCAAAUCUACAGACUGGAAUUAUUCAAAUUUUGAUGCAAGCUACAAAUGGCUUAGGUGUCAUUCUUGAGAAUCGUUACUAUGGAGCUUCUUACCCCUUCAAGACCAGCACCACGGAUGAGCUACUCUUCCUCACUACAAACCAAACCAUAGCUGACAACGCCCACUUCGCUCAGAAUGCUGUGUUCCCCGGUGUUAAUGGAAGCCUCACCGCACCUAACACGCCAUGGAUAGUGUACGGUGGUAGCUUGGCAGGAGCGCAGACGGCUGCAUCGAUUAAGGUGUACGGAGACAUCCUCUACGGCGGAAUUGCCGCUUCAGCUCCGAUUAAGGUGAAUGUGGGCUAUCCUGAAUGGUAUAACCCUAUCCAGAAAUACGCUCCUCAGGAUUGUGUCACGCGAAUUAAUAAGAUCGUGGACAAGUUUGACUUCCUUGUGGCCAAGAACCAUACCAAGGCAAUCGAGCAGUUCAAGGCUCUCUUCGGUCUCGAAUCUCUAACGGACCACCGAGACUUUGCAUCAGCUAUUGCAGACCCUAUAGGAAAUCCCGGAUUCUACCACUCAAACACGUGGCAAGAGCUGAAUUGGAAUUCCACUUACGGAUCGAGGGACUUUUUCUACUUCUGCGGCAAUGUUUCUGAUAUCGAUGCCCCGGAAGAGAUCAGUCAACUGGACGAUGUGUUGGCGAACUACACCGAUGGUGAACCCUGGACCGGUCUUGGUAAUUAUGCCAAUUACGUGAAGCGGCAUACCCUCUCACUAUGUCCUUCGGGAGACUAUAAUAGCAACGAUUGCUGGGGAACUCAAAAUGCGUCAGCAUGGGCUAGUAUAGAAAAUACAGCUACACGCUCGUAUCUUUACACAAGCUGUAUAGAACAGGGUGCAUAUAUCGCGGCACCAAAAGAGGGACCGGCUUUAUUGUCUCGAGUGAUAGAUAUCGACUACGAGCAACAAUGGUGCCGCUGGGCAUUUGCUCCGGGGAAAUACAACUCAAUCCCCUCCACUCCGGACGUGGGUGCGUACAACGACUUCGGCGCAUUUAACUUCACAGCCGACCGACUAGCAUUCAUCGACGGGGACCAGGACGUGUGGAACGACCUGUGCUACCACUCUAACUUUGCGCCCGCGCGUACGUCGUCCGACCUACACCCGGAGCUACUCAUCACUGGGGCGGGUCACCAUUGGGACUCGUACGGCAUCCUAGAUGUGGAAGCCGAGCCGCAGUUCAUCCGAGAGGCGCACAAGUGGGAGAUUAAGACGGUGAAGAAGUGGCUUAGAGACUUUGACGACUGGAAACAGUCGAAGAAGCUGUAA